UGAAUCCGUUUUCACUAUAUAUUGACUUUAAUCUCGAUUCAAUUUGCUCUUUAUCUUUUUCUAAUUCUCAGAAGUUAAAGGAGUAGAUGUUAGUAAAUUGAUCACCGCGCGAUCAAGGUAAUCGCGGAGUUCGCGGAGGUCGGAGCCGUCCUUAACGUCGCCGCGCCGACAGCGGACGUAUAAACCACCGCCAGUCACCGCAGGUAGCCCCGUGGUAUUUUCCGCCAAUUGUCACGAGAGAGAACGAAGGUCAAGAUGUCGCAGCAGCAAUAUUAUCCGUUCAAGUGCACUCCAACUGUGUAUCCCGCCGAGCCGUUCGAUGCAAACGCGGACGCCACUAUCCUGCGUAAAGCGAUGAAAGGAUUCGGCACGGAUGAGAAGGCGAUCAUCGACGUGCUUACAAAGAGGGGCAUUGUACAGAGACUGGAGAUCGCGGAGGCGUUCAAGACCAUGUACGGGAAAGAUUUGAUCAGCGAUUUGAAGAGCGAGCUGACUGGGAAGCUGGAGGAUGUCAUCGUUGCCCUUAUGACCCCACUGCCGCAUUACUACGCCAAGGAGCUGCACGACGCGGUGAGCGGUAUGGGUACCGAUGAGGAGGCAAUUGUCGAGAUUCUCUGCACUCUCAGCAACUACGGCAUCCGUACGAUCGCCUCGUUUUAUGAAAAUUUGUACGGUAAAACGCUUGAGAGCGAUCUGAAGGGCGAUACGUCGGGUCACUUCAAGAGACUGCUGGUAUCCCUGGUGCAGGGAAACAGAGAUGAAAAUCAGGUAAUCGAUCAUGCCCAAGCGACUGCCGAUGCCCAAGCGUUAUACGAAGCUGGUGAAAAACAGUGGGGAACAGACGAGUCUCAGUUCAAUGCGAUCUUGGUAAGUCGCAGCUAUCAGCAGCUGCGACAAACGUUUAUCGAGUAUGAGAAAAUAUCAGGGCACGACAUAGAGGUUGCCAUAAAGAAGGAGUUUUCUGGCAGCGUCGAGAAGGGCUUGCUUGGAAUAGUGAAAUGCGUGAAGUCAAAGGUUGGAUUUUUCGCCGAGCGUCUGUACGCCAGUAUGCACGGCAUAGGUACGAAGGAUCGAACACUAAUCCGUAUCAUUGUGUCUCGAAGUGAAAUCGAUUUGGGAGAUAUCAAGAAGGCAUUCGAGGAACGCUUCGGAAAGUCACUGGAGAACUGGAUAGCUGGAGACACUUCGGGAGAUUACAAGAAGGCUCUCCUCUCCCUGGUUUCCACAUAAUUUUGAUGAAGCUGUUAAAGGUCCAAGGUGCACACUUGCCUAUUGAUGCGUAAUCAUUAAAAAAAAAAAAAACAACUUUGUAUAUGCCUGCACGGAUUCCAGCUUAAUAUUGCUUAGUGUACUAAUAAGGUAUUAAAAGAGCGGUACCUUGCUGCAUUUUUGAAAUAUAUUAUUUUUGUAAUAUUUUUUUUAAAUCUUUACUAUAUUACUGUAGGCCAGUAAAAUUUCUCCGAUAAAUAUCUGCGUUCCAAUCUUGUUCACGUAUACAAAUUAUAUUUAAUUAAAUUAUAUUUUAUAUAUAUAUAUUCUUAUUUUUAUCGAAAGAUUUACAUAAAGAAUCUCGUAGUGUAAAAGAGUGAGAGAUUGAGAAAUCGAUGAAAAUAAAAACAAAAGAAUAUUC